UUCAUGCCUUGUCCGAAGUCGUGGUGUACGGCUUUAUCCAAAUAGACAAAAAGGACUGCAUCAACCAUGUCCACAAGCGAAUGGGUGCAGCUUUACGGAACAUUGUGGACAAAAAGAAGGCUCAGGGUGAGUCUCUUGGGGGUAGAGGAAAGCUCACACAAGAGAAGAUCAAGAAGAUCGCGAAUUACUACGGAUAUGCCCUGAGGAGCAAUAUCAAUGCCAUGCCAGCUAUGAAGAGGGCAGUCGAAGCUACACUGCUGCACAUGACAUCGACAGAUGAUGCACCAAAGCACUCAAAUUGCCCCGAGGGUGCUAGCUCUUGGUGCAAGUACAAUAGAGCCUUGGCCAAUGGGGAGAGUCCACCUUCACACAAGAAUGCCCUGCCGGCUUGUGUUAGGGCUGCUCUGGAGCCAGUCUUUGCGAGGCUCAGUGAUGAGAGCCUGCUGGCACGGUGCUGUGAAGGGAAGACCCAGAACGCGAGUGAGAGUCUUCAUUCAGUCAUCUGGACCCAAACUUCAAAGAAUGGGAACGCUUCGCUGGAAAGUGUGAAGCGAGCUGCCGCUGAGGCUGUUGCCGUCUACAACCAAGGAAGAAAGGCAACCAACGAGUCCAUUGCUGCAAGUUUGGGCUAUGUUGCUGGGGAUUGCCUUGUUCGACGAAGCCUAGAAAAAGACUCUCUGCGUUUACGCAAGGCAAAUGCAACUCAUCUGAAGAGCACCAACACAAAAAAGACUCUUGCAAGGCGACACAAAACGGGUGCAACUGAAGAUUACAGUCCUGGACUACUUUGAAGUUGUAGAAAUGCUACAAGCGACGAGUGCCCCGCAGCCUCGAGGAACACGGACUUGCAAAAGUGCCCCGCAUCCCCAGACAGCACAACA